AUGAGCGCCGACAUGGACAGCUGUAGCAGGGAGCCCGCGGGGCAGGAGUCCUGGGGACAAGAAGUCCAGAAGGCAGAGCCGGCGCAAAGAAACCUACUAGAUGUACAUCUACAAGGGGCUGAAGCAGGUGCACCCCAAAGUGGCAUCUCCUCCAAGGACAUGCGCAUCAUGAACUCGUUCGGGAACGAUGUGUUUGAGCGACUGGCGGGCGAGGGCGCCGGGCUGGCCCAGUACUCGGUGGAACCACACUCACGUCCCAGGAGUCCAGACGGCCGUGCAUCCGCCGCUGCUUGGGGAGCCGGCCAAGCAUGCCAUGUCCGAGGGUGCCAAGGCUGUGGCCAAGUACGCCAGCUCCACGUGACCUGGGGCCCGACCUUAAUAAAGGCUGAACUGCUCAAAACUAAUAUUAAAAUAAUAAUAUAA